GACGUCGACAACCUCAAAAAUUUGUAUUAAAUAUGUUGGAUAAGAAAGAAGCUCCAAUAACCACUGAAACUCAGGAUUCUCCUUCUAAUCCUUCAGAUAAUGUGCUUUCAGUUAAAUAUCAAAAUAUAACAGAAAUGACUGAUGAAAAUCCAUCAAAAAGGCCUUGUUCCGAGGCUCCUAGUUCAAUUACAUGUGAGGAAUAUGCUGGAGUUGUUAAUAUUUCAUCAAGUGCUUUGGAUAAUGAAAGAUCUGAUUUUUCAUUAUAUCAAGUUUCUAGUAAAGAAUUAAAUGUUCCAAAGCCUUUGCCUGAGCCUAGUUUUUUAAACAUUAUGCCUCAUGAUGAAUUGAUUCGCUUUGUAAGUGAUUUUUUAUUUCAUAAUUGUAUUACGGAAUCCUUAAAAUAUGUUGAAAUUGAAGCUAAGAUUGGCCAUAUUGUGGAUGUUGUGACAGGAGAGAGGCUUUGGCUUCCAGUUCUGACAGAAACAAUUAUUAAUAGUAAUGAAUUGAAAAUUAAAUUUGAGUCAAAUAUGACAGAACUGCAACAUAAAUAUUUUAAUCGUUUUUUAAAUGUAUCAUUUGAAAAAUCUCAGAUAAAGAAUAAAGGACAACCUAGAAUUCCAAUGAAAUAUAAACAUAAAAAAGAGAUAGAUAAGUUCUACAAUGAUCCAUUGUCUAGUCAAGGUUUUCAAAAUAGGAUUCGAAUAACAACAGAUAAAAGGACAGGUCAAGUUAUUUCACGAUUGAUUAAAACAAGAGUAGCAAGCCUAAAUAUAUUUAGUCCAAGAACUCAAUUUGAUUGGAGGAUCAGUGUAAAUGUUGAAAUACCAUUUGAGCCGCGACCUUUAGGUGCUCUUAUCAUGGAAAGAGAUAAAGAUCGAUUAAGUUAUGUGCAUCAAUUUUGCCAAAUUGAUUUAUCACAAGUUAUUUCUGAAAAUGGUUCUAAGACACAUGAACUAGAAGUGGAAUUAUUAAAUAUUGAUGAAUUAAAGAAACAUGGAAAUGCAGCAAGUCAUGGACAACCUAAUAAUUUCGAAAAUAUUGUUCGUAUAUUUGUGGAUAAUGUGCGUAUAUUAGUUCGACAAAACAUUGCGAAUACCCAUUAAUGUGCAAUAUGAAUAUCUUAAAAUGUAUUAGUUAUUUGAUAGCGUU